AUGUUGCGAUUUGAACCACCUAAAUUACCAUCACCUCCCAAAUUAAAAGAAGAGGACCAGAGAAUUUUUCUUAGUGAUCCAACAUGGGAUAAAAUAGCAGUAUAUUUUACAACUAAUCAUCAGCGAUAUCGAGAAAAUAUUGUAAUACCUAGAGGUCCUGCUCCAGUACACAUUGUAACGAAUGAGGAAAAAGCCAUGCAAACAUUCAUGGAAAGCUGUGUUUUUAAAAGUAUUUUUAGUGGCGUUUUAGGUUAUGGAUUAGGUGCAGCACUUGGUUUAUUUUCUUCUAGUGUAAAUCCAAACGUUGCUGCUGUAGAACAACAACAAACAGCUCGUCAAAUAUUUCGUGAAAUGAAAGUCACAACUUUGGGUUACGCUAAAAAUUUCGCAACUAUUGGAUUACUAUUUUCGGCUAUGGAAUGUACUGUGGAAUCGUAUCGUGGUAAAACUGAUUGGCGGAAUGGUACCUAUGCUGGUGGUCUAACAGGAGGCCUUAUUGGUCUGCGAGCGGGUGUCAAAGCAGGCGUAAUUGGUGCAGCAGGUUUUGCAGCGUUUUCUGCAGCCAUAGAUUAUUAUAUGCAUAGUUAA